UGACUAGUAGGUUUAAAGUUCACCUGAUUUUAACCCAACCCAUACGCGCUCGCGCGAGCGGACAAACCGGUAAGACUCGCGGCUACGUCUUCAUUCCUCAACAAGAACAUCACCAAGAUGUCUGUGUCUGAUCCCCCUGAUAUCAUACCUGUGCCGAAGCCACGAUCAAGAUAUUUACUUGGAGUAGGUGUACAACAGCUGUCAUCUAGUGAAAGAAAUGGCCAAAAGUUGCCUUGUCCAGAUGUUACAGCUGAUACACAGACGAAAUCUGAAGUAGAAACGGAUAUCAAACAUGAAGUUAGUGUGGAUGAUUCAUCCAUCUUUGCACCCCCUGAUCCUCAACAUGUUAAAACCAGCUGCAGUGAAACACCUCCUUGGCCAGAUUCGCUCUCCAGUACCAGUUCAUCUCCAGAUGCAGCAGGAGCCUCUGAUUCAGUGUUUUCUGAUGAUUUCUCUGUGACUCCAGACUUGCUCAGUAAUGAUCUCCACAAUUCAAACAACAACAGUUUCACAGAUCAGGUGAUUGAUCUUCAGACAGAAAUUUGCACCAAUGGAGAGAUCCAUCAAGUUCCCAAAGUUCCCAAAUCACAGGAUCUUCAGAACAAACCUGACAGACCCAAUAAACCAAGGGCUGCAACUAUUCGUGUGAGCAGGAAGAAGCAGACAUUAUCAGGGCCACGCCAGAAAGCCGACACGUCUCACAGUGAGUGUGCGGUGGCACAAUCCAGCUGGCUCGACGUAUGGAAGGGGCGCAAGCACAAUGUUCUAUGGGUCACUCUUGAUGGACAUGUCAUGUCAAUGUGGAAAAAGCGCACAGACAAGUUCACAGAAUAUGUGUUUCACGUAACAAGCAUCACCAACAUACGUGAACAGGAUCAAGGACGCUUCUCCAUCUAUUUACAGAAGAAGCACUUUGAAUUCAUGGCUCACAGUGAGGUUGUGCGGGAGCGCUGGCUGAUGUCUCUCUACGCCACUCGAGGACGGGAACUGAUCACUGCACCCAAACAACACGGACCGCUGAUCAUGAAAGACCCACGGAAAAAGGUGUAUACUGCUAUCUGUGGAUACUCCCUUUGGAUUUACAGCAGCAAAGAGGACUUCAGUGUAGGUCUUGGCAUGAUGUGCGUGUCUAUGAAUAUAGCGUCUGUGAAGGCGACGGGCCGUCACAGCUUCAGUCUCAUUACUCCAUACAGGACCUUCAAUUUCUCUGCAGACUCUGCUAAAGAGAUGACCAUGUGGCUGGAGCGUCUGAAUGAAGUGAUCCGUGGCGCUCUGUCCUACAGCGAGGUGGCACAUCGACUCUGGUCGAGUCCCUUUAAUAAAGUUUGUGCCGACUGUGGCGCUGCCAACCCGGAAUGGGCAUCGGUGAACCUGCUGGUGGUCAUCUGUGAGGCCUGCGCAGGCGCACAUCGAUCCAUGGGCAGUAACAGGUCCAAAGUGCGAGGUCUCAAACUAGAUAAUAAGGUUUGGACGGAGCCUUUAAUUCAGUUGUUUGUGCUGUAUGGCAAUAAAGCUGCCAGCAGUGUUUGGGCUCACAACAUCCCUCCGACGGAGCAGAUCAGCCCUGACGUCUCUCCAGAUCAGAGGCUGGAGUUUAUCCUCGCCAAAUACUGCAAAGGACUUUACUGCAAAGCUCACCCGCUCGCCGCAAACCAGAAGCUGCUUGACCAGAGGCUGCGUGAGGUGGUUUGUGGUGCUAAUGUGGAGGAGACGCUGUCUCUGCUGUGCUCUGGAGCGAGAGUUUCAUGCAGCACCACAGAUCCCGAGCUUCACUCCGCCAUCAGCGAGGCCGAGAGCGCUGGACAGGCCUUGCAGACCGAGCUACUCCGACAUAACGAGUUUGUGGAGUCACCUGACUUUGAGCAAACAAGACAUUCAGAGGAGCAGAUAGAAGAGCUGCAUGGAAAGCUGGAUGAGGAGCGUUUCUUGUUCUCGCAGGAGAACGAGUCUGCGGCCUGUGAUGUGCUGGACUUGACGGAGGUCAUCUCAGUGUUCGACUGCUCUGCAGGGCAAACCCAUGAGUUUGAGGUGUUAUCGCUGACAGACAGACUGAUCUGCAGGGCAGACGGACGAGACGCCCUCCUCAGUCACAUGCUGCAUAUCAUGAAGAUUGUGCCGGCGGGUGCCGUGGUGGAUGAGGAUCUGCUGGGGGUCUGUGCCGUGUCCAGAGCCUCCAUACGCGAGGGAGCAGCGCUGCAGUGUGCAGAAGUGUGGUGCACCCUACAGGACGGAGAGAUGAGCAUUCACACACAACACAGCUCCACAGACACGCUGACUCUGGACAGCCAGACACGCUGCCAUCUGCAGCGCUCCGAGAACUGCAUCCUGCUGGAGUUUCCUGACAGGACGUUACACGUGCAGUUUGAGCUGGAGCACAGCUGUCUGCGGUGGCAUGAGCUCGUGCAGAGGGCCCUGCGCUCGACCACAGACGGGCCCCAGCGCUCAGGAUCCGUGCCCUGCUCUAUAGACCGGUGUAUAUCUCACAUCACACAGCACGGGCUGAAGGUGGAGGGUUUGUACCGGCGCUGUGGAGUCGCUCCUCAGAUCAGUAAGCUGGUCGACGCUCUGAGUGUUUCUCCAAGAGGAACGCUUCUGGAAACAGACGAGCUCUCCAUCCUGGACAUUUCAGGAGCUCUGAAACAGAUCCUGCGGCAGAGCUCUGAGCUCAUACCGAACGCACACAAGCCGCUCUGGCUCAAAGCCGCCGUCCUGUCAGAUGAAAAACAGAGACUGCAGAUGUACCGCAAACUGCUUAAACAGCUUCCUCCAGACAACCGCGUGACGCUGACCGCUCUGUGUGGACACCUGCACACUGUUCAGAUGCACAGUCAGGAGAACCGCAUGACGGCUCAUAAUCUGGCCCUGAUAUUUGUGGUCACACUGUUCCAGGAGCUCGCCAUGAACGCAGCCUUGGUACAACUCACCAAAGAGCUGAUCCUACGUCACCGCGAGAUCUUCAUGAAUCAUGUGGAGACAGAUAGAGAAAUCAUCACUGUAUUGUGAAGAGCUCAUCGUUUCUCCUUAUGAUCUCAUGGACAAUAAGUUCAUCAGCGUCAUGAGUGCCUCAAUUUACUGACGCAUUAAUAAUACUAUAGAAAGAUCAAUUCAGCCAAAAAGAGUUUACUCACCCUCAAGGCACUCAAGAUGUAGAUGAGUUUGUUUCUUCAUCAGAUUCGGAGAAAUGUAGCAUCACUGUCUCAGCAAUGGAUGCUCUGCAGUGAAUGGGUGCCGUCAGAACAAGAGUCCAAACGGCUGAUAAAAACAUCACAAUACUCCAGUCCAUCAAUUAAUGUAUUGAGAAGACAAAAGCUGCCUGGUGAAUUGUGUGAUCCUUUUUAGAUGUUACAGUGUUGUUUUUGUCACCAACACAUUUAGGAACCUCAGUGACAAACAUUGAGGAAAGCGUGACCAACAAAACCCCACUUUCAAUGGAUGAAGAACAACAAGUGAUAACCUGCUCAUACUGUAACAACCAUCUGAACGGACUGGUUUUAAUUCAUUAAAUUCUUUAAGAGAUGGUUUAUCUUGAACAGUAUCAUGAAGAAUGUUGGUAACCAAACAGUGACAGUAGUCAUUGACUUCCAAAGUAUUUUUUUUCCAUACCAUGGAAGUCAAUGGCAACUGUUUGGUUACCCACCUUAAAUGUCACAAUGUAUUAAUUGCCAUAUAAUCAUAUUUAUCAUGCCGGCAAUAAAAUGUCCAGUGGUACAUAUAUAAUGAAUGAAAGACUGUGUUCCAGAGUGUGUUGUGCUUUAUUGUUACUCAGAAUUACAUGACAGUGCAUUUGUAUUUAUGAAUAAAUGCGUUCAAACAGGA